AUGUUCGGCAUGAAUUACACUGAUCCUCCUGAUCCGGCUAACAAAAAAUUGUACGAAGAUGAAUUGGAAGCUGAUGUUGGAGCUAGACGAAGAGGAAGAAGAGCGGUACACAAGGAAUUUUCACCAUACUCUGUGAUUAAACCUUUACGAUUGAAAGACAAAAUGGAAGCUAAUGCUAAUCGGUUACGGGAAGAAAAGAAAUAUUUGAAUUCGAAAUCAAUUGCUGAUGAAUUUAUCAAAUCGGAAUUGGAUGCAUUGGAUAAGGUGAUUGCUGAUGAGAAAAAAGUGGAAGAAGAAAACGGAUUUGUGUUGCUUCAAGUCACUUCAGAUAUGAUUAAGGGAUUCAAUUCUUCUAAGAAUUCGGGGGUUGGGUUGUCUUCUUCGUCUCCUGUUACUCAAACGAACACUGGAACCGUAAUUGGAACAAAUAGUGACAAGGGUAUUUUGGAUAUGAAAGACUCAAUGAAUGAGAAUGGGAAUUUGGAAAUUGAUUAUGGUAAUAAUAUGAAGAAGGAACAGGGAGCUAAUUUCUUGAACAUGGAUUUUUCGAAACCUGUUAUAUCCCCUGCAGCUAAGUUGGUUAGUGAUUACAAAAAAAAAUCUUAUCCUCGUAUGGUUGAAUCAACAAAUACUGUGGUGGAUCUUAAUAUCAAAGUAAUUCCAAAAGUUGAUGGGAAGCCUAAUGGGAAAGUUGAGUUGCCUUAUGCAGAUUUAAUGUUGGGUGGUGCCCCUUAUCAUGCAACUUUGUAUGGGGUUUUUGUGGGCAAAAAACUUGCGUUUCCAACUGUUAAUCACUUCUCUUUUAAGAUGUGGAAGAUUUUUGGGCUGAAGGAUAUAAUGGUAAAUGAUGAAGGAUUCUUUUUCUUUAAGUUUGAUUCAAAGGAAGGCAUGAUGAGUGUGCUGGAGGGAGGUCCAUGGCUGAUUAAUAAUGUACCUAUGUUCGUUCAAAGAUGGAGGCCUGGUCUUGUGCUGAGUAAACCGCAAAUGAAUUCUGUCCCUGUGUGGGUAAAAGUAUUUAAUGUUCAUUUGGAAUAUUGGAACAGCAAGGGAAUAACUUUGAUUGCUAAUGAAAUUGGGAAACCAAUUGCUAUGGAUAAAAUAACGCAGAAAAUGUGUAAUGAACAUUGGGGAAGGCCAGCUUUUAUGAGGUUUCUUGUGGAAAUAUCAGCAGAAUUUGAAUGGAUGAAGGAACUAAGUGUAGUCUCAAUUGACUUUGGGACAGGAGAAAAAGUUGAAUCAAAAUGCAAGAUAGACAUGAAAAAUGAUAAUGUUGCUGAUGAGACUGUUAAUUCUGGAAAAAAUGGGAAAAAAGAGCAAGUUGAUGAUGAUGGUUUUAUCUUAGUCACAAAGAAAAACAAUAAAGGACAGAAGGUUAGUCCAGGUGUGGUUAUUAAUGAAAAUGGCAAAGUUGAUUUGAUUAAGUCCUUGGAGAAAAGUACAAUCCCUGUUAGUGAAGGAGUUAAUAUUGGCAGCAAUGAAGGAAGUUCAAAAGAGAUGGGUGAUCAAGGAAAAAAUAAAAACAAACAAAUUGAAGAACAAGAAAAUCAAAAGGGAGCUCAAAAAGAAGAUCGAAUCAGUAAAGGGGUUGAAAAUCGGAAUAAUGGGGGUAAUUUUUCGAAAUUGCUGUGGGCAAUAUCAAAAAAGAUGGGAAAGAGAAAGGGUAUUUCAGUCAAAAGAGGGCAAAAGUGGGAAACUGAAUGGUACAGGGGUGUUUAUCCCAAAAUAAAGUUGGGGACAAGAGUGAAGAAUGUAAUUGAAAAUUUUAAUGCUAGAAAAGAAGGAAUGCAGGUGAAAAAAGAAGAAAAUCAGAAAAAGGUGUAUGUUCCUAAGAAGCAAGUGGAUUUUAAAGUUAGUUCUAACUUUGAUAAUAUAGGUUCUACUUCUGGAAAAGAUGAUCAAGAUGAGAUAAUAUCACAAAACCCUUUUGAUGUUCUUGCUGAUUUGGGAUUAAGGGAUAUGUCUUAUUUAGAUGAAAUUGACCAGGAGAUUUUAACUGGUGGUGGCCAGGAGACAGUCACUGAAAAAAUAACUGUUGUUCAAUGA